GCGGAUCAACAGUCGGAAAUCCAUCAAAACUUUAGUGAGAACACGGUAGUAGGGAUGAAUGACCAAUCUUCACUGAUUCAAGAGUACUUCUAUCGAGAAAGAAGCUAUAGCGAUUCUGGAAAGGAGAACUUCCGCAAACAACACGAUGACAUAGGUCCGAGAAAUAUUGACGUGGUUUCGUCAAAUGACACUCACACUAACAAGAGCAGCUCUCGUAGCUUUGAUCUAGGUACAAGCAACAAUAUGAUACAUAGUUUGAACAAUCUUGUCACUAGUUUUAAUUCAUCGUCGGCGUCCAUUUUUGCAAACGCAGACUAUAUAUCCGGUUCGGCACUAAAUAUUUCAAACGGCCCGUUACGUAUUCAGUCAAUUCACAAGCUGAACGUUUCCCCUGAAAAUAAGUCUCCUAAGGCAUCUCGUUGCUUAGCCUUUUUAAAGACAUUAACAAUAAUGUUCGACGUAAAAACCAUCAAAAUGCCCAUAUGCAUUGCUUUUCAACUAUCCGCAAUGCUGCAAUGUCCGUCUUCAAUGCUCAGUUCUAUCUACAUAGCCCCGUACGCCAAAGAAAACGGACUGGACACACGCGACGUGGCCCUUUUGGUUACUGUCUUCAAUUCAGUAGACCUCGUAGCGCGAAUAGCCACCGCGUUCAUCUCGGACAGCAAGUUCGCGCGGCGGUCUACCAUGGUUGCGGUGGCAGCUAUGGUUAUUGCCCUGGGCGUCGCAUAUGUUGCGUUGGUUUCGUUCGUUCAGCGCUUUGAUGGCGUUUGCGGUGUUACUGGGACUAGUCAACGGCGUGUACUUCUCGCUCUACGCUGUGAUCAUCGUGGACUAUAUGUCUAUAGAGCGACUCAAGAGUGUCCUCGGCAUCAAUGCGCUAGUACAUGGAUCAUCCGUAGCACUCACGUUUUAUUUAGUUGGUCUGCUGCGUGACUUCACCGGUUCCUACGUGUAUUCCUAUCACUUGCUGGGAACCAUGUCGCUGCUAGGUGGAGUUAUCAUGUACUGUCUACAGUUCAUAGGUGAGAACCAGGGUGCCAUGGAUACGGAAACCGUAGCGAAAAAGCCAUCUUGACAGAUAAUUAACUUUUACAGUGUAUUACAUGUAC